CUGGGUUUUACGUUUGCUUCUGACUGAGACCCAGACCAGAGUACACUCGCUUCUCUCUCAUUCUCCGCCUCCAAUAAACCAUCGCUGCUGGCAAUAUUUCCACCUCUAAAGCGCCGACUCCUCUUUUUUUUUUUUUCUUUUUUUUUUCCUUUUCUCAAUCGUCGGCUAUAAUUCGCCGGAGGAGUCGAAAGUCGGUUAUCCAUGGAGGACAAGUAUCUGCAGCUUUUCUUGGAUGAGACCUCGUUAUAUAACGACAUUGUGCUGGGCCAUCUGCUGCCUUCCAGCUGGUGGGUCUCACUUCCUCGCUUUAUCCAGACGUGGCUCCGUAACUACAUUGCUGGAACCCUUCUCUACUUUAUCUCUGGUUUCCUCUGGUGCUUUUACAUUUAUUACUUGAAGCGCAACGUGUAUCUCCCUAAAGAUGCCAUCCCUACAACAAAAGCCAUGCUCUUGCAAAUAUACGUUGCUAUGAAAGCUAUGCCAUGGUACUGUGCUCUUCCAUCUCUUUCUGAGUACAUGGUCGAAAAUGGGUGGACAAAAUGUUUUGCAAGGGUAUCUGAUGUUGGUUGGUUUGCCUACAUCAUGUAUUUGAUUGCAUAUCUUGUUGUGGUGGAAUUUGGGAUUUACUGGAUGCACAGAGAAUUGCAUGAUAUAAAACCUCUAUACAAGUAUCUUCAUGCAACCCAUCACGUCUAUAACAAGCAGAAUACUCUUUCUCCCUUUGCUGGUUUGGCAUUUCACCCACUUGACGGAAUACUGCAAGCAGUGCCCCAUGUUAUAGCUCUCUUCAUCAUUCCUACACAUUUUACGUCUCACAUAGGUCUCUUAUUUCUCGAGGCCAUAUGGACAGCAAACAUUCAUGACUGCAUCCAUGGCAAGCUAUGGCCUGUUAUGGGUGCCGGAUAUCACACUAUCCACCAUACUACAUACCGGCAUAAUUACGGCCAUUAUACUAUAUGGAUGGACUGGAUGCAUGGUACCCUUCGUGACCCCGAGGAAGAUGCAAUAUCGAAGGUGAAAUGAUACACACCUGUAUGCCUUGACAUUAUGGUUGGUACAUUGUCAGUACUUUGUUGGGUUGGCGUCCUUUGCUUUGAGUGCUUUGAUAUCUGUCUUCUGCAUGUGUUCAACUAUGUUUGUGCUUUUUAACUGAGAAGGAUUAUUUGUAGAGAAGAUUUAUUUUGGAUGCUAGGACAAAGCUCUAUGCUUAAUAAACUAGCUACUAGAAUAGACUAAGGCGCAUAUCGCAUGUAUUCAGUCUGAUUAAUAGCUAUUGUGCAAUUUUAUUUUCUUGGUUUCA